UUGUUUUAUAAAGAACUUGUGGGAGGGAAUUCCCUGACAGUCUAGUGGUUAGGACUCCAAACUUCCAAGCCCAGAGGCAUGGCUGUAAAUAAAUAAAGAAAGAAUAGGAGGUGCUUAGGGUCUAAAAAAAAAACAGAGAGAGAGAAAGAGAGAAUUUGUGGGAGAGAUAGCAACUCAGAGGGAUAAGGAGUACCAGUCUUCUGAUUUUCUAAAGAAGAGCUACAGACUGGUUUUGUUACUAUUGACUGGAAAGUACCUGGUUUUGUUUUCAAAGCACUGCGCUCCCAUUUGUAUCACGUGUUUGAAAAGGGUACAUUCUAAAUCAUUUUCCUCUCCUCUUGCAGGAAGUGCUCAGAUAUUAAACACACACGUUCAAAAGAGGAAACAGUUUAAUAGGAACUCAGAAAUCAUGUGACUGAUGACUAAGUUUUUUCUACUUACUAAAAGAGAAGAGUCUGAUGAUUAGUUACUGAUUUUCCUUGCCUUUUUAAAGUUUUGGAGAUAUUGAAUCAUGUUCCCAUUAAUGCUUUUUUCUACCCUGUUUUCUUCUAUAUUUACUGAACCUGGGGAGAAACUUUGGGUCUGCAACUCCUCUGACACAAGUGUUUGGUACAACUACUGUGAUAACUUGAAAUUCCCUAUUUCAGUAAGUGCUGAGCCCUGUAUAACAUUGAAGGGAAGCCGUGGAAAUCUGUAUAUUUACUACAUUCCAAGAAGAGAUAUAAAAAGCUUAUCUUUCAAUAUCUAUGUAUCUUUUAAGUCCGUGAAUUUCCCAGCUCGCAAAGAAGUUGUUUGCCGAGGAUCUGAUGAUGAUUAUUCUUUUUGCAGAGCUCUGAAGGGAGAGACUGUGAAUACAACAGUACCAUUCUCCUUCAAGGGAAUACGAUUUGCCAAGGGCCGGUACAGUUGUAUUCUAGAAGCCAUCACUGGAAACACUGAAGAAAGGCUCUUUUGCUUGAACUUUACCAUCAUACACUACCCUGAUUUCAAUUAGAAUAAAACGUCUGGGUUAACACACGCACCGCAAAUGUUGGACCUCCCACCCCCGGGCAAGAACGAUUUCCACCCAAGGGGAAAAGCAGAGGGUGCCGAGAGCGGGGGAGGGGGAAGGAUGGCUUCCCCGCAGUCCGGGCGAGGCCUCGGCCUGCCUCCCGUGUGACCUUCCCUCGGGGUCAGAAGCUUCUUCUUGAUCUACAAACAUAAUUCAAGGAAAUACCGAAAGUAGCACUUCUUUUACUUUGAUGAGUUUACGGCAGCGUCAUAAAUGUAUUAUGGGAAACCCCACAGUUUGCGGAAGUAACUUUUGCCUCACCGUUGAUUCCUUUAGGAAUUAAGAAAAGACCAUGACCAUAGUGGUUUACUUGUGUGGCCCUGGGCAGCUGAGGCUAAGAGAUUUACAUUGGUUGCUGUGCCUCAUAAAGAGAGCUGGGGUGGCCAAUUUUCAAAUGAGCCAGAAGCCCGGAUUAACGAAAGCCAGGAGAGACCUAGCAGGUGGUUAUUCUAUCCAAGGUUGAUCCCCUGAGAUCAGAAGAUUCAGGUCAGUCUCUCAAGUGCUGCUGCAGAGCUGCAUUAAUGUAAACCUUUCCUGAUUUUACUUUAAGAUGAGCACAUGGAAGGUUUUAGAUGACCUGUUUGCUAUAUUUAAUUUAAAUUUGUUUUCCAUGGGGUGUUGUCAACUUUCAAAAAACAACAGGUGGAAGGUUCUGUAAAGCAAUUCUGUAAGUAAAAAAAUUUUUUCUUUUUACAAUUAGAAUUUCUCUUUAGAUGAAAAAAUUGUUUGUUGUCUUAAUUGCAAAGUAAUGCAUCUCAUUGUAACAAUUUCACACAGUUCAUAAAUGCAAUAGGCAACAAGUAGAACUUCUCUUUUCGUUUCUUUCUCUACACUGCUUCCCCAAAACUAUCUUUACAAUUUAGUAUGUAACUUUUCAGACUUUUGUUUCAUAUGUAUGUCACACUAUCCGUGCCAUUAUUAUAUACAUGUAUAUAAAUA